CGAUUAAUUGCACAGCCCUACUUUAAAGCCUCUGCGGCCAUUGUUCUAACAACAAAUAAUUCCUCAGAUAGAUGCCUUUUUGAACGAUCCAUUGUGUAAUGUUAUGGCUACAAGUUGUCAGAAUGAACACAACUGAGUGUGUUGGACCUGAGAUUGUUGUGACAUAAAGUGACGAAAAAGCAAAGACUAAUUACGUCAAACUAACCCGCGAAAUCCGACCCGACAGCUCAAAUUAUAAAUCAUUUCAUAAUCAAUUAUGAUUAGUUAUUUGUUAAUGCUGAGAUGCUUACGUUAUUUUGUGAUCAGCAUUGUGACAUCCUGCGUGUUUCAUUUUCACUCCUAACCCAUAUGACACUCAAAACCAAAAUAGAUUUACAAAAGGAACUGGCCCCAGUCCCUUAAAAUGGCUAUUUCUUGUCAUAGAUGUUCCGGUAAUUAAAUGAUCUUCUCCGGAAAUAAAAAUGGUUGGUAAUUGUAGUCAAAGAUGAGGUUAGGUGUACAUCAGCGGCUUGAUGUUUGAGGUUCAUGGGUCAGACGUAUGAAUCAUCAUGCUGACGUUCUCAGGUGGACGGAGCUAGCGUUUAGUUUGCAUUGCCUUCGGAGGUGCUAUGGGGUCAUGACCCAUGACAUCUACAACAUCUCAUGUUGAUGCAUUUAGAACGGAUUUGUGUCAUUGCACAGAGAGCUUAUAAACGGUUGAGAUGGUCCUUCUUCUGUUACUUGAGAGGAGUCGGUCACCAUAUACGUCUGUCUCAAAUCAAGUCCUGUUUCCAGCCACAAUGGUCAGUGAUCGGAUCUUUCUUCUAACCGUAACCUGCUCCGUCUUAAUGCUACUAGUUAGCUGCGAUGAUGUUCUAGAGAUCCGCUCUCCAGAAGAUGACAUGAAGGCUCAAGAGGAGAAAGAACUGAUCGAGGCUCUUCAAGAAGUUCUUGAAAAACUGAGAAACAAACAGAUCCCCACUGCAGAGAAGAAGUUUGGCUGGGUCCCCUCGUGUGAUGCAGGUGAGCAGUGUGCGGUUCGCAAAGGCGCUCGCUUCGGGAAGCUGUGCAGUUGUCCAGGAGGAACCACCUGCAGCUUCUCCAUCCUCAAGUGUUUGUGAAAACAUGCCUCAUUCUGUCAUUAUCCAGCGUUUUAUUGUAUGAUUGUUCGAGAUGUUCGUUGUUUCCCAUCAGUUGUAACGUUUUAUUAAUGCACGCAUCAAAUAAAUGCAUGCAUUUUUGUAUAUAUCUCUGUUUUUUUUUGUAUUCAAAGUCUGAUAACUCUG